CGGUGGCUUAGCAAUGCCUAUGCCAACAGAGCCUUUUAUCGUUUCUUUAUUUCAGUUGACCCAGAAAAAAAUUACGUGACAGAAAAUAUUUUUUCAUAGUUUAUAGGUGCCCAGCCUAGAUUUCCGCUUUUCUCCCUUUCUCUUUUUCUUCAAUUCUACAUCUUUUAUAACAGCAAUGUCCUUUACUCUUGAAGCUCCUUUGGCCUACAACAUCCUCAACAGUUUCUUUGAAAACGUCUCUUACGUCAAGGGUGUCGAAGCCUCUGAUGCUGAUAAGGCCGUCUUCAACGCUUUGCCCGAAGGCCCUUGCCCCAAGGCCUACCCUCACUUAGCCAGAUGGUACAACCACAUUGCUAAGGUUCAAGGUUUAAACGCCAAGCAAGCUGCUGCUCCUGCUGCUGCUGCUGCUCCUGCUGCUGCUGAAGAUGAAGAUGAUAUUGAUCUCUUCGGUUCUGAUGAUGAAGAAGUUGAUGAAGAAGCCGAAAGAAUCAAGGCUCAACGUCUCGCUGAAUACAACGCCAAGAAGGCUGCCAAGCCCAAGCCUAUCGCUAAGACCACCGUUACCCUUGAUGUCAAGCCUUGGGAUGAUGAAACUCCCAUGGACAAGUUGACCGAAAGUGUCAAGGCUAUUGCUAUGGACGGUCUCCUUUGGGGUGGUCACCAACUCGUUGCCAUCGGUUAUGGUAUCAAGAAGCUUCAAAUCAACUGUGUUGUUGAAGAUGAUAAGGUUAUGAUGGAUGAUUUGUGUGAUGAAAUCACUGCUCUUGAAGACUAUGUCCAAUCUGUCGAUAUUGCUGCCAUGCAAAAGAUCUAACCAACUUCAGCAGCUACUGCAACCUUUUAUUGAUAAAGGCAGAGAAAGAAACAAUUCAUCAAACUUUUUUUCAUUCAUCCAACGGAAAACUAUAAAAAAAGGGGCCAAGGAGAAUUGUUUGUUAUAAGGAAUCUCAUUUAUAUCAUUUUUUCUUACUAAUAAAAAAUUAAAAGCCCAGCUCACAAGAGU